UUUACAUAUUACACGAAUAUUAGGUUAUUAACCGCGAAGAGCAGCGUACAUGGUCAGAUUGAUUCAACGGAUCAAAAUGGAAGUGGUAACAUUUAUGCUAUGUUUUAUCAUUCUAGUGGUAAACUGCGAAAGUGCAGUUUUGUCUCCAGACAUAGAGCCACCAAAGUUCACGUUUUGUCCAAGUGAUAAGGUUGUAGAGACGUUUGAAUACCAGGUUCGCGUAAUUUGGAAAGAGCCUAUUGCUGUUGACAACUCUGGGCGUGUCCCAAUUGUGAUGGGAAAUUUCCUUAAUGGGAUGCAAGUAAUGGCUGGUCGAACGUUUAAUGUGGAGUAUAUCGCGAAAGACGAUUCUGACAAUAUUGCAACAUGCAAGUUCAAGAUUACCGUUAAAAGGAAAGUGGUGCCUUGCCCAAAACUAAGUCGUCCAGCAAAUGGUGCUCUGUUAUGCAAUGUUGGACCUGAUUUCCCCGACAGGUUUUGUGUAGCUACUUGUCAAAGUGGUUAUGAUUUUGCUUUUUGGCCAAACUUGAUAUAUUUGUGUAGUCAGCAGGGAGUUUGGUCAGGUAUUGGUGUCGCUAGUCAAAGAGUGCCUGAUUGUUCGGUUCGUAGAGGGCCCACUCUUUCUCAAGGGUACUACUAUAAAGGAGAUGCAAACGAUGGUGCUGUUCAACUGGCUCUAAAGAACAACUUCCAAACGAUGAUCAAGUCUAUUGGAUUUGGAAUCCUUUGCCAAGAUUCUGAUAAAUGUAACUCGAAGAAUGUCGUUAUUUAUCCAGGGUCCACCGGAAAAUAAUCGUAACCAAGAAUCUAAAGCACUGAGUAUGAAUGAAUAAAGUAAACGCAUAGGACAUGGAAA